CAUCAGUGACGGCUUAACGGAGUAGAACGUCAGUUACCUCUUCACCUUAAAUGGUAUUAGUUCGUUCGCAUACGGGUCAUUCAUUCAUAUAGUGCUAGAUAUAUAAAAAUCUAACGAAGAUUUCGUUUUGUUACAACGUGUGAUCAACUUGACUUGAAUAGUUUAAUAAUUUCUUGAUCAAGUGUUUUUAAACUACGAACUAAAGUUAUUUUCGAAUUUAAACAAAAACUUAAUAUUGUUAAUCGUAUUAGAAGUAAUUUUACUGCAACUACUAGUAGUUAAAAUAAAUUAAUACAACUUUUCCAAAAAAGAGUGCUUUUAUUAAUUGUUUACGAGCGAAUCAUCGAAGAUGGGAAAACCCGAAGCAUUGAGUUAUGAUGCCAAUAAUAUGGCUUACAUUGAUUUGGGCACAGCAGUUAUACGCAUGGAACAAGAACAACCCCCACAAUGGGCUUUAGAAAUUGCACAAAAAGAAUUGCGUGAAACACCGGAAGUUGUGGAAGAAUCGAUAAAGAAGUUAAAGGAGUUGAUAACUGCUGAACCUUAUUUGAAUUUACCAUUGGAUGAUGAAUAUAUGCAAAUGUUUUUGAGACCCACACAUUAUUAUCCAGAGAGUGCAUUGAAAAGAAUAAAAUGCUUUUUCAAUAUGAAAUCAAAAUACGGUGAAGCUUGCUGCAAUGUCUUACCCGCCAAAUUACAGAAUGUUUUCGAAGCUGAAAUUCUACAAUUAUUACCCAAUAGAGAUCAACAUGGACGCAGAAUAUUAGUCUUAGAGGCAGGCAAAAAAUGGAAACCUUCUAAAGUACCCCUAGUAGAUGUUUUCCGUGGCAUACAAUUAUCAGUAUUGGGCUCUAUGGUAGAACCUUUAUCGCAGAUUUGCGGUGCCAUUGUUAUUAUUGAUGUUGAAGGUCUGCCAAUGGGUCAUGUUAUGCAAUUUACACCAACAUUUGCCGCCAUGUUAUUGGAUUAUGUACAAGAUUGUAUUUGCAUGCGUUUGAAAGCAGUGCAUAUUGUUAAUAAUUCUUAUAUUUUCAAUAUAUUAUUUAAUAUAUUCAAACCUUUCAUUAGAGAAAAGCUAAGGAAGCGUAUUUUCUUCCACGGCAAAGAUUUCAAAUCUCUGACUAGUCACAUUGAGGCUUCAGCUUUACCGGCUAAAUAUGGUGGCACUGCCACCUGGGAAUUGCCAUCCGGUAAAUUGUUAGGAGAAUUUUUCAAUUGUUAUACAGCCGAUUUUGAAAAAGCCGACAGUUAUGGUUUUACCGAGGGCUAUAAAGCCAAAAAAUAAUUGCAAUGUCAGUGUGCCUUUUAACAUAUUUUGCCAAAUUACAUUACUAACAAAUAACUUGUAUUGUUUAAAUUUUAUUAUUUUACUCACACAUUUUUUGUUAUUAUUUGAUUUUAGUCUUUUUUGUAUGUUUAAUAUGUAUGUAUAUUGUUUUAUACUCCUUCCUUUAUUCUUGUGUAAUAAUUUUGUAAUUAAGUGUAUUUAGUUGUAAAAUGUGAUAUUUAUUUCACAUUGUGAUAUUAUUUUCGCAUUAAUUUUUGAGUAUUUUUCUUUGUUUUGUUAAACAUUUUCAUAUGUUUAACUGGAUAAUAAUACACUUUUUAUAUACAUAUAGGGAUUAAUAUGCAUAAAUAAUAUAAAUUAGUUUAAUGUAUUAUUUGAUUGUUUAAAAAAGAAAUAAUAUAAAAUAAGGAAUAAAAAAUAAAUAAAACUAAUGGUUUAAAGUGAAAAAU